AUGAACGUUUACGUAGACGAAGGAGAGCGUCUAUUGCACAUGUAUCAUAUAUACCAACAGUUCGCUGCGGGAACUCCACAACAAAGGCUACUCGCUGUCACCGAUCACAACAUCUAUGUGAUCAAUCAAAAUAUCGUAUUGGAAGAUUCCGCGCUGCCAGGAAGUUACGAGGAAGGCGGCCAUCGCAAUGUGUUCUACGAAGUUCAUGUUGUUAUCUCGUUACCAACAGUGGAUUACAUUGGAGUAUCGAGAGAUGCUCAGGUCCUCAUUCUUUACGCUAAAAGUGGUCUACCCUUUCGAGUAAAGACCGAAGCAGAGGGAAUCAAAGACAAAACAUGUGCGAUAGCUACAGGCGACGUUCAGCUCGGAAACGCGAUAGUGAAAGCAAUUACCACGGCUGCGGAGAGCGGAAAUCACGAACCGCCCGCUGUUUUUACAGAAAGUACUCCUUACUCUUUGAUACUCAAACGAUAUCUUACGAAAGAGUUGAAUGGAGCGCCGCAUAUCGAAUUGCAACAUUUUGCGCUGGUUUACUGGAAAGAGGUAGUACAACCUAAUUGGUGGAGAAAACCUCCCGCUGAAUGGGUGCAAUCCUAUUUUGUGUUGAAAGGAACCAAAAUGUAUCUGUUUACGGACUCUUCAUGCAAGGAAGGCGAAUUGAUUAUCAAUUUAUGGGAUUGCACUGAAAUCUUGGAGUUAGACGCGAAGAAAGAUUGUCAAUGGGGAUUUGAACUUGUACUUCCAAAUGGGAAUUUACAACUUCAGUGCCCUAGCAAAGAUGAAAUGAUUAAAUGGAUGCGAUUGGUGAAUGAAGCGAUGAACUCCCAGAACGAUGACGAUGCGGCUGCCUGCAUGAUCAUGAUCACCGAAGCACAGUUUGUUGUUGCACAAGAAGGAGAGAAGUGCUACAGUGAUGGAUUUAUACGCACAUUGGUGUCAUUUCCACUUUCCGAUAUCCGCAAGGGUUGGAUAGUACGAACUGAUACACAUAUGGCACUCGUGCUUCGAGUUGACGCCAUGUACCAUUGGUUUUUCUUCCGAUCAGAAACUGAGUUAGAUAGGAUUAUCAAAUCUCUCUCUAUAUAUCCUAUCUCCAUAAUGGAAAUUGAUCAGCAUUCCCAGAGGUGUACUAUGCAGCAUCCGCCACGGCAGAAAUCGAAGCUUUCAUAUGAUAAAGGACGAUGUGUUCCCGUUGGCUGGAAACCUCUUGUUGUUGAUGCUCGCGUAAGAAGCUACAUCUAUGCUAGGGCAAAACGGACAUGUUUGGAAGCAAGAGAUAGAGAAGCCCAAAGGAGAGCAGCAGAGGAGAAACAGCGUGAGAGAGAGAAAAUGAGGGAACGUGUUGACGAAGACUUGGAAGCAUGUGAAGCAGAGCUGGAACGAGUAAAGGCACGUCGAGAUGAAUUAGCAGCUGAAAAGCAUGAAUGUUUCACCAAACUCAAAGCUUGCCUGCAACGAGAGUCCAUGCAGAAAAAGGCGGAUGAUGAGAGAAAAAGAAGAGUA